AUGGGAUUCCUAGGCCACCACGAUCUCGAGCCCGUUCCCGAGCCUCUCGCGAUAUUCGACCAAUUCGUCGCGAGGGAGCCGCAAACCUUAGUCUUGAAAGAAAAAGUGCUCUCCAUCUCUGGGGACAGCUUCGACAUCAAGCUAGCCAAUGGACAGCCUAUCCUGAAAGUGCAUGGAGCAUGGGUCUCGCUCUCCGGUCGCAAGAAGGUCGAUGAUGCCCAUGGCCGGCAUCUCUUUGAUAUUGUCAAGGAGCAUUUCCAUCUCCAUUCGACUUAUGCGAUUGAAGAUCCGCAUGGGAAGAAAGUGGUUGAGGUAAAGAGUGGCCUCGCUUUGCUCGGCUCGAAAGCCACCGCCACUUUCACUGCUUCGAACGGCAAGGCAGGGACUUUCCAGAUGAAAGGUGGCUGGUUCGACCGUAGUGCCGACAUCAUCGACACAACAAGCGGCCACACAGUGGCUCGCAUCGACCGGAAACUACUUAGCGGCAGUGACCUCGCUUUUGGACAGCAGACGUACGCCGUGGUCGUGGCACCUGGAGUAGACGCGGCAUUAAUCGCUGCUUUGUGUAUAUGCUUCGAUGAGAAGAACAAUGAGAGCAAGUCAUCCUAG